UGCUGUGCAACGGGCGCUCAGUAAAUAACAUUUCAUUUUGUCUAGGGAAUAACGUGCGUACUUCACUUGGAUCAUCUGAUGAGAAAGGACCAUUAUGUAUUUGAAAGAAUAUACAUAUAAAAAAGGAAUAUCAAUGUUGUUUUUCGAUGUAUCUUUGGUUACGCCAUUGCUUGUAUUUAUUGCGUUUGAUAGAGGGAAUGGAGAUCUUGGAACGAAAAAUAAUACCACGACAUCAUCUACUCUAUGUAAUCAAUGUUUAGUGUCCGAUUUGUGUCUCGACAAUGCCACUCAUAAAGUGUAUCAUUGUGAUGACACACAUUGUAUACCAGAAUUUCAAGUAUGCGAUGGUAUACCGGACUGUUUUCAUGCACAAGAUGAGACUGUAUCUGUAUGUGGUUGUCUACAAAACGAGUACCAAUGCAAGAAUAAAUGUAUUGAAUUGGUGAAAAGAUGUGACAGAAUUGCUGAUUGUGACGAUGGCGAAGAUGAAAUCGAUUGCAAGACUCAUGAAUGCCCAACUACACACCACAAAUGUACAGUUAACUAUUUUUGCAUACCAAUAGAUAAAGUAUGUGAUUUUAAAGAUGAUUGUGGUGACGGAUCGGAUGAACUUCAUUGCAAACACAGAGAUUGUUGGCACCAAGAAUUCAAAUGCAAAAAUUCGGAAUGUAUUCGUCCAGCAUAUCUUUGCGACGGUGAAAACGAUUGCUCAGAUGGUUCCGAUGAAGAAAACUGUGACGAAAGUAAUUUUGUUAAGUGUGGUGGAAACAAAUUGGUUCACUCAUCGUUUUGGUGCGAUGGGUGGCCAGAGUGUACAGAUAAUCACGCCGAUGAAUUGAAUUGUAAUACGACAUGUUUGCAUAACAAGUUUCAAUGCCCAAACGGAAGAUGUAUUAAUAAGGCGAACGUUUGCGAUGGGCAAUGCGACUGUUUAGAAGAUGUCAAUAACCAUUGUGCCGACGAGAUUAACUGCGCAAAUUAUUACGUCAAAGUCGAUGGUAUAGUUGUAUGCCAAAAAGAAUCAACGCUCAGUUGUUGGAUGCCAGAAGGAAAUCCUUCCCGUUGUAUACGACAAGAAUAUAUUUGUGAUGGACAAAAUGAUUGCUUUAAUGGAUUUUCGAUUUCAGACGAAUUUGGAUGUGUUAAUAACUCAUAUUUGCAUUCAGACGACGAAUUUUUUCGGUGUCGUGACGGUCGGUGGCUGCCAUCUGAACACCGAUGUAACUUCAAAGAAGAAUGUUUAGGUGGAGAUGAUGAAUCGGGAUGCGACAAGUCGUUAUCGAUAUGUGAUCAACAACAGUUUCGAUGCUCUAGCGGCGAGUGCAUAAAUUCCGAAUAUCGUUGCGAUGGUCACACUAACUGUUGGGACAAGAGCGAUGAAAUCGGAUGCGCGAAUGAAUCGUGUCCCGGACUUGACUGGAAGAGAUGCAAGAUUGGUAAACAAUGUUUGUUACUUGAAAAGUGGUGUGAUCACAGAGUUGACUGUAUUGAUGGUACAGACGAGGAAGACUGCGAUUAUAGACCAUGUACGGCUGAUGAUUUCCAGUGUGACAACGGCCAAUGUAUCCCGUUAGAGUACAAAUGUAAAAAAACUCAAGACGAACGAAUGGGUUGUGUUGACAAAUCUCACCUAACAAAUUGCGUCGAUUCAAUAUGCGCCGAAAAUGAAUACAAAUGUCACCGGGGGCCUUGCAUACAUCAGUCAAUGGUGUGUAACAUGCAUGUCGAUUGUGAUUUGACUUGGGACGACGAAGAAAAGUGUCCUUUCGAAUGCUCGAGAAUAGCGUCUAGCUGUCAGUGUCAAGAUAUCCAAAUAAAUUGCACCGGCCACGGUCUCGAACAGUUCCCGUACGAUAUAGAAAAAGAGAUCACGUUCUUUCACUUGGGCGGGAAUAAUUUUUCCAGCGAUCUUAAUGCAAAAACUUUUGAACAUUUGGAUCGAUUGGUUUAUUUAGACUUAAUGAAUAACUCGAUAAAAUACUUGAAACCAUUUGUGUUUUCUACACUUUGGCGUUUGAAAACGUUAAAUUUACAAAAUAACGAAAUCACGAUUUUGGAAAAUGGUUCAUUUUUGGGACUCGGUCGGCUGACGGGAUUGCAUUUGCAAGGAAACAAUAUAUAUAAGGUGAAGUCCAAUGCAUUCCAAGGAUUAUCUUCUUUGAUUACACUUGACUUGAGCAAACAGAACAUUACAUACAUAGAGACGGACGCUUUUCUCGGUCUGCGAUCAUUAAAAAGCUUAGAUCUAUCAGAGAAUUCACUCACUCGUAUAUUGGACGGAACGUUUCGCGGAAUGCCCCAAGUGGUAUUUUUAAACGUCAAGAAUAACCAGUUAAGAGUUAUAGACCAGAACGUUUUUUUCACAAUGCCGUUACUGGAAACAAUGUUCACGGACGAGUUUCGCUUUUGCUGUUUAGCCCGGUACGUCAAACAGUGCAGACCGCUGCCGGACGAGUUCAGCUCGUGUGAGGAUCUGAUGUCCAACAUCGUGUUGCGCGUUUGCAUCUGGAUACUGGCCGUUGUGGCCAUCACGGCUAAUCUGAUGGUGAUCGUGUUCCGGGCCAAAUACAAGCACACCAAUCAGGUGCACUCAUUCCUGAUCGUCAACUUGGCCCUGGGCGACUUCCUGAUGGGCUCGUACCUGUUGGUGAUCGCUGUGGUUGACUGGUAUUACCGCGGCGUGUACUUCAUACACGACUCGGACUGGAGGCGGAGCUCCAUGUGCAACGUGGCCGGUUUCAUAAGCACGUUUUCCAGUGAGCUGUCCGUGUUCACGUUGACCGUGAUCACGUUGGAAAGGUUGUUGGUAAUCAUAUUUCCGUUCAAAGUUCGGCGAUUGCAAAUGGAUUUCACGCGUAUACUAAUGGCUUUGUGUUGGUUUUUGGCGAUCGUUAUAUCAGCUAUCCCUCUGUUCAACAUCCAUUACUUCAGAAACUUUUAUGGUCGAUCUGGCGUGUGCUUAGCAUUACACAUCACUCCAGAUAAACCCAAUGGCUGGGAGUACUCCGUAUUCAUAUUUCUGUUUGUCAAUCUGGGUUCACUGUUGUUGAUAUCCGGAAGUUACAUUUGGAUGUUUUUUGUCGCUAAAACUACUCACCGCGCCACGGAAACCUUAAUCCGACACCGGUCUCUCAGUGAAUCCGCCAUGGCUUGGCGAAUGAGUCUAUUGGUGGCCACGGACGCCGCGUGUUGGGUGCCCAUUAUCGGAUUAGGACUGUGGUCUUUGGCCGGAUUCACUGUACACCCUCAAGUAUUUGCUUGGGUAGCUGUUUUCGUUUUGCCCUUGAAUGCUGCAGUCAAUCCCGUGCUCUACACUCUGUCCGCGGUGCCUAUGGUCCGCCGCAGCGUAGCGACCAACAGGACAGUGUCGUUCAGACGAUCUACGACAAAUGACGCGAAACGCAUCAUGUCCACUACAAUUAUGGGACCGUCCUCCGUGCAAUAUAACAAUGAUACGGUGACUUGUUCGUUGUUCGUGAAUAUUCCACCAAGAAGUCCAGAGGUCAUCGAAACGGAAAUGACUGAAAAUAGCCGAACAGUUAAUUUUGGAAAAAUGUUAUGAAGUCAAAGCGUUUUAGAAAUCGUUUCCAAAAUGAUAAUGUAGGGGAAUGAAAACAAUGCGUAUUCGUUCGUAGGUCCAUGGUACAUUUAAUAUUCAUACAAGUACAGGCGAUGUAUUUAUUUUACUCUA